AUGGCCGAGAUCGCUCCCUCCAAGGCGGACGGUCCCGCCGCUCCUCCCGAUCUCUCUGGCGCGCCACCGGCCACACUCAGUACCAAUACCGCUGCCACCAAGAAGAAAGCGGCUUACCGGUCUCAGAAAGCCGCGGCAGCCGAGCACAUCCUGGAGGCGGUGGCCGCCACCAAGGAGCGCCAGGCUCCCAAGCUGGGCGCCGUGAAGAAAACCACCUCGGCUACCGGCUACGAGGCGGACAAGGCCGGCGCCCGCCCCAACCCGCCGGCCGACGCCUUGCCGAAAAAGGGGUCCGCUGUGGAAGGCGCCGCCGGCGGCGGCAGCAGCUCGGCGUCCGCUCUCCGCCCAAAUCGGGAGGUGAAGGGCGAGCAGGGAGAGACCGAGGACCGGAGCAAAGGAGGAACCAAGAGGAAAGCAGCGGCCUCGAAGAAAGGGGCAGCGGCCAAGCCCGCCGCCCAGAAACGCGCCACGAAGCCGGCGGCCAAGAGACCCCGCAAGCGCACGGCGGCCAAGGCCAAAGUGCCCAAGCGACGCGCGGCUUCCAGGACUGCAGGGCGGCGGGGCCGGGGCGUCAAACGGAGAUAA